AUGUAGUUUAGGAGUGUUUCUAUUGUAUUGCUUCAGAUUUUACUCAGUUUAGAGUAUUUAUAUGGUUAGCAACUUGGAUUAUUAGGGUUUUCAUUGAGAGAAUAGGUCUUGCUAGAUUUCUUGAACGAAGCCAAACAGAUUGGAGACUAAGUAUUUGCAAAUAAAACAGUAAAUGAUAUAGAUAUAUCUCCAGAAUUCAAGCUCUACAACAUAACUUGCUCAAUUGUCAAUUCUAACUACACUGAAUUUCUCCUAGUGCUCUAUAAUAUGACUAAUGAUGCCACUUUGAUAGCCUAUAAUUCAUCCUUAGAGUGUAUUGGAUUAUAUUCAAUUGCAGCAGGAAUCAUCCCUGCUGUUAUUUAAAAUCAGACUAAUGAUACUAAUUAAAAUAAAACUGAAGCUAAUAAUAGUACGGAAGGGGCCUCAUCAACUAAUACAACUAAUAACUAGACGAAUUAGGCUUAGACAGACUCAAAAUGGCUAUUAAAUAUUCAAAACUUUACAGUUACUAUAAAUAUAUCAGUGGGUGCCAAUGAAACUGAGUACUAGACGUGGCUCCCAAUAUUUGUUCUGUAGAAUACAAGCACCCUUAUUAUAAAUCAAACACUCUUUAUUCAAGGACUAUCAGGCAAUCAAACUCAGACAGUAGAGCUACCUGUUUCUAAUGAUACUAAAGCCUUGAUAGAAAACGCAGUAAAUACAUACCUUAAUGAAUCUCUCGGAAACUUAUCUCAAAGAGCUAACAAUGAGAUAAUGGCAAAUUUAUCUAAAUUAAGUUUAUCUAAUGACAUCUCAUACCUUCCAAGUUUCAAUAAUACAAACCCAUUGAUACUGGAUCCAUUCAUUAAUUUAUUCCUGCUAGGAAAAAUUUAUUUAGCUCAGCUUGGAAUCAAUGAAACUUACAACUAUGAUCUUAUGACAAUGACUUUUGAUGAUUUUUAGAGUGUUGCAGAUUAGGAUCUAUAAAUACUAAUCUCGCCAUAAUUCGUGCAGGACUUUUUGCUAAGUUACAUAUUAUCUGUGAAUUACCUAACAACUGUUGAUUUAAACAAUCUUAUCUAAUCAGACCAACUCAAUGCUGAGAAGCUUACCAUUCAAAUAAAUGACUACUAACAGCUAAAAGUGACAUAAGAGUCUAAUGAUACUAUGAAGAUUUCGAUAAAUGAUUAUAAUUUGAAUUUGAGUGGAACCAUAAAGACUUCCUCUGAUGAUGAUUCUAAGCCUUUUAGUUUAGAAUGCAAUGUUAGACGUGAUCCAUCUGAGAUAAGAAUCUAAUUCUACAAUAUAACUAACAACUAUUCUAUGUAAAUGCCUUAGGUUACUGUCCUGAACAUUUCUCCAAAUAUUAAUGAUGAUAGGUGUGAUUUGCAUUUGGAAGGAGGUUUGUUUACUGAGAUAGAAGAAGCAUACAUCGAAAACUUUAGACUAGAUAAUUAUAUUGAAUAGAUUGAAAAUCGCUUGAAUAGCUAGUUCUCACCAGAAUUGAGUCAGAAAAUCAAUAAUUAUAUCAGAGAGUAAUGGGUGCCUAUAGAAGUCCUAAAUGAUACCUUAAUCCUUAAUUACACCUUAAUUAAGCCAGUAAAUGUAAGAUCUGAUGCUUUUUCAGAGUUGAAUAUUGAUAUAAUUCCCGAGGUUAUAUAAGGCAUCACCAAUCCGUGA